CCAAAGGUAAAGGUGGAGAAUGGCUUGUCGCGCCUGAAGUUUAUUCGAACACCAGUGACGUCACAUCGUCAGUUAAUGCCAUAUGACCUUUCAUGGGCCAAAAAGAGGCCGUCCAAUCUCAUGACCAGUGACGUCACAUACAGUCGAAUGCCAGUGACCUCACAUCGUUAGCUUAUGCUUUAUGGCCUUCAGUUGGCCCCCAAAAUCCAUAAAAACUCAUGACCAGUGACGCCACACAUACAUAGGUCAUUCGGCAGAGCCUCCCUUCAACACGCCAAUACUUGCAGCAGACAGGCACGAAAGGUAUAGAUGAAGCGUGGCCUGCUGCCUGAUGUUCAGCCAAAUAUCCGUGACGUCAUAUCGUCAGCUGAUGCCCUACGGGAUUCGGCCGGUCCAAAGGAGCCCGUGAAAACCCACGACCAUUAACGUCACACAGUCAGUCGUAUAGCAAAGACGUCAUUAGCUGAUACCGUGUGGUCUUCAAUGGGCCCAAAAACACCGGUGAAACUCAUGACCGGUGACGUCACACACUCAGGCGAUUUGGUAGCUUUCAUUCAGCACGCCAAUGCUUGCAGUAGACAGGUGCGAAGGUAAAAAUGAAGCAUAGCCUGCUGCGACCAAUAUUUAGUCGAAUAUCAGUGACGUCACGCUAUCCGAUGAUACUUCACGAAACAUGAUACACCGUGGCCGUGGGGCCUAAGUGCACUCGUAUCAAGUGAUAAUUAGUGACAUUACACUUUCAGGUGAUUCGGUCAAACGUUCAUUGGGCACUAAUAUGCUUGCAACAGACAGCUACGAAAGGUAAAGAUGGAAUGAGGCCUGUUGCGCCUGAUGUUUAAUCGAAUACCGUGACGGCAUAUCGUCAGGUGAUGCCCUACGGCAUUCAUUUGACCCAAAAGAGCCCUAAAACCUCACGACAGUGACGUCACAUACCCAGUCGAAUACCAGUGACAUCAUAUCGCCAGCAAAUGCCUUAUGGCCCUCAGUCGGCCCAAAAGAACCCCGAUCGAUGCAAAACCACUUUCAGUGACGUCACAAUGUCAGCUGACGCCUCAGCAUUUCCCCAGUACGACAGUACACGAACCCUGCAGUAAGCGUAGCUCUUCCCUCCGCCGGCCGUACAGAUUUUCUACAAGCCACAGAAGUGAUAGUGCACUUGCGCCAGUAAAUUUGUAAGGGCGUCAAUCGUUGAACACCAACGCGGAACAUUACAGCGGGAUUGGAGUGCUUCUGCCCAGAACUGGGCAUGGUAAAAGAACCCAGAGGGCACUUGGACCGGCAUUGCGCCUAUGAUCGGGUCCCUGACUGUUGUCCUGUACGUGGUCUCUGGCUGCAUUCAGCGCAUCAUGGGGCAGGCUCUGACCAAGAUCAAGCCGCAGUGGUGGCCUUCGGACGGCCAGCCCAAGCCGGCUUCCGACGGGCUAGACGAGUGCGGCGGCAAGAUCUUCACCCUGGCCAAAUCCGUGCACCACAUAGCGCCGUUGGAAAACGAGGAAAUUGUGAUCAAGGAGAGUGUGGUGACCAGGGCCGUUCCUGUCGCCGCCGCGGUGGGACACAGGGCGGCAGCCUACCCGUCCAACGGCGCCGCUCCUCGUGCGCGCGGUAAGAGACCCCGGGAUGAGCCGUCAUCAUCAGACCAGCAUGAGGAUACUUCAGAACCGCUGGCGGCGCAGGCUGCCGGGCCCCAGCCGAAGCGGAGACCGGUGCACGGGUUUGAGACCCUGAUCAAAAGCAAGGAUGUCUACCCUUUCCUGGACGACGAUGAGACAGUGGACUACCUGAGGACUUCGAAGGUCCUAUUUGUGAUGAAGGGACUGCCGGGCAGCGGGAAGUCGCAUCUGGCCAAGCGGAUUCUCCAGCGGUACCCCGAUGCCGUCCUCUGCUCCGCCGACGACUUCUUCAUGAAAGAUGGGAGGUACGAGUUCGAGCGGGACCAGCUGCCGGCGGCGCACGAAGCGUGCCAGCGGCGCGCCGAGCGGGCCUGCUGCGAGCAACGCGCCCACUUGGUGGUCGACAACACGAACGUGCGCGACUGGGAGUGGCGGCCGUACGCGCGCCAUCGCGCUGCGUCACCAGUACGUGCUGCUGCUGGUGGAGCCCGACACGCCGUGGCGCCGCGACCCGGCCGGCUCGUCCAGAUGAACAGCCACGCCGUGCCUGAAGAGGACAUCCGGCGGAAGUUGAAGUCGCUGCAGAUCUCCAUACCUCUCUACUACGGCUGGAUUUUGAACGCGGCAGACUGCCAAGCACUGCUGGACCGGGCCCGGCUGAUCCUGGAAAAGGUGUUCCGAGCCAGCAAGGCGUUCGCCGAUGACUUCCGUGCCAUCACUGGCAGCUCACGUAUCUCAGACCUGUCGGCACUGUACCCGGCGCCGCCCGAGCUGCUGCACUGCACAGCGCGCUUCUUGCGGGCCGCGGGCGGGCGGCCGGCGCGCGCGGCUACGCCGAACGGGUGGACCUGCUGCGCCGGCCGCUGGCGAAAGUGGAGGCGCGCCACGCUCCACCGUGUGGACGAGCAGGUGUGGUACCUGGACCUGGAGCGGGACAUCGUGGUGGAUGUCGUGUUCGGCGCCAGGUACUGA